UGGUGCGGUCUGGCCUGGUCACGUGGGCGGCAAGAUGGCUUCCUCCAGGAGGCGCUGAGAGCGGCGCGGCUGGUGACACGUAGGUUUUCCAGGUUUAGCUGCAGAGCACCCAUACUGUGGACAGGCGGGCACCAUGGUGACGGAGCAGGAGGUGGAAGCCAUUGGGCAGACGCUGGUGGACACCCAGCAGCCCCUGCAGGCCCGCUUCCGGGCCCUCUUCACACUGCGUGGGCUCGGUGGCCCCAGCGCCAUUGCAUGGAUCAGCCGGGCCUUCCGGGAUGACUCGGCCCUGCUGAAGCAUGAACUUGCCUACUGCCUCGGCCAGAUGCAGGACCCCCGCGCCAUACCUGUGCUGGUGGGUGUGCUGCAGGACACGCGCCAGGAGCCCAUGGUGCGCCACGAGGCAGGGGAGGCCCUGGGCGCUAUCGGGAACCCGGAGGUUCUGGAGCUCCUGAAGCAGUACUCUGCUGAUCCUGUGGUUGAGGUGGCUGAGACCUGCCAGCUGGCUGUGCAGCGGCUGGAGUGGCUCCAACAACACCCAGGGGAGCUGGCAACAGCCACGGGUCCCUACCUCUCGGUAGACCCUGCGCCUCCAGCAGAGGAGCGCAACGUAGGGCGGCUGCGGGCGACACUGCUGGAUGAGGCCCGGCCUCUCUUCGACCGGUACCGUGCCAUGUUUGCGCUGCGCAACACAGGCGGAGAGGAGGCUGCACUAGCGCUAGCCGAGGGCCUGCGCUGCGGCAGCGCCCUCUUCCGCCACGAGGUAGGCUACGUGCUGGGCCAGCUGCAGCACGAGGCCGCAGUGCCCCAGCUGGCCGCCGCCCUAGCCCACUGUGCCGAGAACCCUAUGGUACGUCACGAGUGUGCUGAGGCCCUGGGGGCGAUUGCCCGGCCCGCCUGCCUGGCUGCGCUGCGGGCGCAUGUGGCUGAUCCUGAGCGCGUGGUGCGCGAGAGCUGCGAGGUGGCCUUGGACAUGUAUGAGUACCAGAGCGGGCCGGCCUUCCAGUAUGCGGAUGGGCUGGAGCGGCUGCGCCCUCUGCCCUAGGCCUGUGGCCGGCCCCACCUACUGUCCCCAUCCGGUCCUCAGGGCUCUCUCCCCGGCGGGACUUUGGCACUAAAUUGGAUCAGUGUAAAGUGGAUGUCAUCUUCAGCACUGUGCGUGGGCAUCAACACCUGCUGGGGGGACAGUUGGGUU